GCGCGAAGGCUAGGGUGAAUCCAAAACCGAAAGUACCCGAGUGCGGCGCCGAGAUGGAGGCAGCAGAGACCGAAGUUGAGGCUGUAGCCCGACGGGUCCUGGCUGAGGUGGCAAAUGUUGUAGAACCUAUAGGCCUACAGGAAGAAGUAGAACUGCCAGCUGAGAUCCUGGCUGAAUUUGUUAGGAACUCUCGGAAGAAAGACAAGCUACUCUGCAGCCAGCUUCAAGUAGUAGACUUUUUACAGAAUUUCCUGGCUCAAGAGGAAACUGCCCAGGGACUGGACCCCUUGGCUUCUGAAGACACAAGCCGGCAAAAGGCAAUUGCAGCCAAGGAGCAAUGGAAAGAGCUUAAGGCCACUUACCAGGAACAUGUGGAGGCUAUAAGAAGUGCCCUGACUGAGGCCCUACCCCAAGUGGAAGAGGCCCAAAGGAAGCAUGUGCAGCUCCAGGAGGCCAUUGAGCAGCUCCAGGCCAAGAAACAGGUGGCCAUGGAGAAAUUCAAAGUAGCCCAAAAGCAGUGGCAGCUACAACAGGAAAAGCAUCUGCAGAGUCUGGCAAAGGUUUCUGCAGAGAUAAGGGAGCGUCAGACUGGAACUCAGCAGGAGCUUCAGCGGCUGUAUCAAAAACUUGAAACUCUGAAACAGCAGGCAGUACAGGAGCAAGAUAAAUUGCAAAGGCACCAGAACUUCCUUCAGCUGCUGUAUACCCUGCAGGGGAAGCAGCUGCUCCCUGAGGCUGAGGGCCAUGUUACCCCAGGAGCUGCCUCUUUACCUGGAUCCCCCUAAGGGAGUCAUUUAUUUCUGUUAUGAAGACACCUGGAAGCUACAGAAAUCUCAUCUGGCUUUGUUGUGAUACUGAUUGCUAUCAACAAUUUGCUGUAUUUUUACUCGAGUUUCCUGUUUGUUUAUAAAGAAGCCAAAGGACAGCCUGAUUCACUUUUAAAUGUUUGAGAAGCAGCUUUCAUAUUCAAUGUUGUCUUAUAAUUUAAGAGAUAUUUGUGUUUUGGAUCAUUUUCUUAAUGUGACAGUAUUAAAAUUUUGUGAGAACAUGAA